UUUUCCCUCCUUUUCCUGUGCGCUAUUUUUAAAUUGUAUGCAAUGUUGCCAUACUUUGAGCUGGAUCACAAUCUGUUAAGAUUUCUGUAAUUUAUUAUGAUUUUUAGCACAAUUGCUAUCCAAGAAUUAUUCAUCAUUCAAAUAACCUGAAAACUAUAGCAUGGUGCUAUAAUGUGUAAUAAAAAAGCAACUGAUCUUUGUCUGCGACCUUGAAACACGUUUUUAUUGAUAGUGAUACUGAUGAUGCCUAGUUUACUUUUAGUAAUAAAUUCACUUUAAGUUCUAGUUUCGUCGUAUCACUCGGGCUUCUUUGCAGUAGUGUUUUGCACCCUGCAUCGAAACAGUUAAAGAACUAAAAACAGAUGUAUACGUUUUACGGUAGGGAAUGCGAAGAGACCAACGACCUUGAGAUAUGAGUUCAGUGCAUUCAGUGAAAAUACCGACGUCUGCGUUUCUGAUUUGAGUGAACACAGAAAACAUCAAAUUUUCAGUGUUUGAAAUACAACUUGUGGAGUUCUUUUAGUACAAUCAACAUAAGAUCCAAACAAAUAUCAGCAUGUUGUAGUGACAAGAAAAACUGUGCUUACUCCUAAAUUUGGGGUCGGGCCCCACACAUCGAGUUCAUUGGCAGAGAACGUAAAACAAAAGUACGCAAGAAUGGAAUCGGCGUUUUUGAAGUCUCUGGAGCCUAACAUCAAUAAUGUGCCCAGCCCUAGGGAGUCCCAAAGGGCCAAAGACCUAAACGAAGGUCUGAAAUCACUCAACCUCAUUGAUGAUAUUGAAGAGACUGGUGAUAAGAGUGUGUUGCUACUAGAUGACAAUGAAAGACUUUUGAUUAACUCUGAACAAGGGUUUCUAAAGGCUUUGAACAUCAAUCCAACUGACAAACUGAAAGUGGUGUCUAUUUUUGGGAACACAGGUGAAGGGAAAUCAUAUACUAUGAAUCAUUUAUUUUUCAAUGGGGAAGAAGUAUUUAGGACUUCAUCAUCACAGACUUCAUGCACACUAGGAGUUUGGGCCAAAUAUAAUCCACAGAUGAAGGUGAUAUGUUUGGAUACAGAAGGCUUAUUAGGGCUUAAAUCGAAGAUUCAUUUUCCAACACUCCAACAGUGUGCUUAAGAGCUUGUACUUAGCAACGACGCUGUGCAGGAUUCUGUUAUUAUUUGUAUUCUACGCGCAUUUGGAAAUCCGACCUCAUAUUCUGAGACACUAUAUACCAGGUGUUUCAAAUUCGACUCACAACAUUGGGAUCUCGGAAAUGGUAUAUCAAAAAAAGAGAACCAACGGACUCGGAUGCUUCUGAAAGUCCUCGCGGUAUCGGACGUCAUCAUAUUCCGCACUCGGGCGGAAAGACUGCAACGAGACAUGUACUCAUUCCUAGGAGGAGCCUCGAAGGCGUACAAGGACCACUUUGCGGCUUCCCUUCAAAAGGCAAUGGGCGAGAAUGCUUCUGGAGGGGGCGCUGGCUUUGGACCCGGAGUGGUGGUUUUUCAUGAGACCAGGCAUACGCAGACUCUGCACGAGAGCGCGGGGGUCACGCAGUCGGCCGAGGAUAUUUUGCAAGCUACAUUUGCACAACUCAACAUUUCCUACGACGCAUUUAGUUUCAUCAAGUAUGUUGGCAUUAAUAGCGGCAGUGGACCUACUUCCUUCAAAGAAUUGGAGAUUGCUGUCAUGGACAAGCUUGAUAGUACAGAAGUACGAUCUAGAAGAGAUGCAAAGUACAUCUACCUGACAUUGAAGAAUUUGAAUGACAAAUUCCAAAAUCAAUUAACUAACGAAACACCACAGUUGUAUCUACCAGCUUUUUUCACAUGUCAAGAAAAAUGUCAGUCAUGUCAUGUCGGUUGCAAGCUUUCCAUGGGCCACAAGGAAGAGGGUGAACCACACUGUAGUGAUCAGAACUGCUUGUUUCAACAUCAGUAUCAAAACUGUGUGUACCUUUGCAAGGCAUGUUACAAGAAUGGUCACAGAACUGUUGUAAAACCAAGUUACCAAUCUGCUCAGGACUCAUCGUGGUCAGGUUACUUUAGCUUUGUCUGGUCUGGAUACCUGAUAGAAUGUUCUAGGUGCGGCAUUAUUUAUCAGAGCCGGAAGCACUGGUAUGGUAACAAGAACCCUGAAGACUGUGCAGUCCGCAUUCAAGUAGUACAUGUCUGGCCAGGGGAAAAGUGUCUUUUUGGUUCCUACAACUCCGCUCAGAAAGUCUUGGACGGAGUUACGAUGGUUUCGGAGGUGCUAGCCAGCGUUAGUUCUCAGCCUAAAAAAGUCAUCAGUGACUGGGCAGCCGACAAGAUUGCGCCGAGUUAUUGGAGACCAAACCAUGAAAUAAAGGAAUGCCACAAGUGUAAUACACCAUUUGAGCCAUCUGCCAAGAAACACCAUUGUCGUUCAUGUGGAGAGGGAUUUUGUGAAACAUGCAGUAGCAAAAAUCAACCAGUUCCAGAACGAGGUUGGUUCAGUGAUGUUCGCGUCUGUGAUGAUUGCUAUAAGGAAGAACCUCCUAGUAUGAGUAAUGCGGCUGACGGAGGAGAGAAUGUUGUCAGGCAGUUGGGUGAAACCGUAGUGAACUCCUUUAGCGCAGUAAAAACCGUCCUGCACUACCCUAAAGAGUUCAUCAAAGAGCAAGCGCGACCAGCUUAUUGGACCCCCGACGCCGAAUGCAUCCGUUGCUGCGCAUGCGAAGAGGAGUUUAGCCUAACGAAGCCCCUUCAUCACUGCAGGGACUGUGGCCGAGGGGUGUGCGCUGAGUGCUCCCAGUCGAGGAAGCCGGUACCGCUCAGAGGAUGGCACACGCCUGUGCGGGUAUGCGACAAGUGCUGUCGAUGAGGUCAGCAUGCAAUGAAUUUUCCAAUCGACUAGCAUGACUAAUCAAGGAAGCGGCCAUUUCCAAAGGAAUAUGGUAUUUAUCGACGGUUAUUACACAUACGACUGCGUAGUUGUUUCUUACCAGGAUUGUAUUUAAAAAUUUGUAGUACGAUUUAAUAUUAAUUUUUUCUAUUGUUUAUAUUUAUUGGAGUCUCAAUAUAUUUGCAGAAACGUGAUAAUAUAGGGAAAUGCAAAUAAUAUCCUGUUAGUGUCUUCAUUUACCCAGCACUUGUUUUCUGUUGUGUAUAUUAUAUUUUAUUGAAAUUAAAUAAUACGACUGCAUUGGGAUGUAGGUAUGAAUUUGUAAUAUGCAAUUAAAGACAGAAAUUAAUUGGAUA